AUGUCUGAAUCAAAGCGAUCGCGUACUGGGCUCUUCAACAACCCUACCCUUUCCGACGUCAAGAUCAAACAGACACACAAAGGUCAGACACGCGAAUACUUUGCGCAUAAGGCGGUGCUGUGUCAAGAGUCCGAUUACUUUCUCAAUACAUUCACCGGUAACUUCAAGGAAUCAUCCGAAGCCACUAUGGAACUACACGAAAACGACCCCGAAUACUUUGAGUUCCUCCUCAAGUUCAUCUACACCGGCGCGUACAACAAGCUCGAGAUCGCGAAGCUUGCAGGCAAUGACAAGAGUAAGCGCGUUCUUAUUCCAAUCGGCAUUCACGCUGUCGCCGACAAGUACGACAUCGCCAAGCUCUACGAGCCAGCUGCGGAAGAUGUGAAGGCAGUACUUAUGGAAGCUGUCAAAGACCUAGACAUGCUCAUCACUGCAAUCCGCGCUCAAUACGGUACUGAAGUCAACGUUGAUGGGGCUAUGGGACGUCUCGUAACUUCCGUUGUAUUCGAAAAGCACAGCGACUUUGUCCGAACGAAAGAUUUCGAGGGCUUACUCCUCGCGUAUCCGACCUUUGCAGCAGAUGCGGCGCUUCACUCUCAGCGCUGCAACGGAUUUUGUAAAGGAAGCCUCCUUCAGUGCCGCUAUUGCGAUUGUCGGGUCGUUAAUGCAGAGGCUGUGCUCAAGAUGCGCAACUCAAGUUGGUGUUGUCCUAAUUGUAGCAGGCCCAAUGUUUUACCAGUACUGGGUGACAAUUAA